AAACCUCACGCCGCCACGUUGAAACAGGACAUCCUUGGUUCUUGGGUGCGGCUAGCGAGCGGCGCGAACCCUGAGUCGACGGCGUACGUACGCAUGCCCUCUGACUCUGCUCCAUGCCGCUGGCGUGCGGCCAUUCCCACCGCUUUGCUGCGAGAAGCGGCCGAAGAUGACGAAUGCGGCCUUCUCGACUCCUCCUGAUGCCAGCUGCUCUGGCGGAACGUCGAGGCAGUAACUUCAGGCUAGGUCGCAGACGUCCUGGAUCGAUGUACUUUCCGCUGGCGAAUUUCUACGACCGUCCAUCCGUAAGUUACCUGCCUGCUGAUCGAUUCGCCUGCACAGCUACCUGCCGAAAGAUCCAUGCCCAACGUCAAAAGAGCCCCGCUCCCAUGAUGGUCCCCAGAACAGCGUCAAAGACACCAGGCCCUCGCGGACCCAGAACAUGCCGAAACAAUGCGACCCGGGUGUCGCAGGAAGUCCGCUGCCUAUCCAGGGCUGCUAGUCUGGGAAUCUAUGUACGAACGCUGGUCCAGCUUCCGGAGCGGGUCCCGGGCUUCGCAGCCGGACCUUCCUCCUCCUACUUGACCCGCUGCCUGCGAUCUGCGAUGGGCCGAGGAGUUAUUGCCGCACUGAAUAGGAAACGGGGCAGUACGGUACUCACAAGCCAUGAAUUCUUAGGCUCGACUAAUCUAUGAUGGCGGCCGAACGCUAGUCCUUCCUAUCAGCUUGAAUGAAUUACGUUGACCUGAAUGCUUUCUGUAGAAUUGGCCGGCGGCCUC